AGCACUAUCUGUUCUGUCUCAUAGAAGACGUGUAUUUUCUUUAAACAGAAGACACUACAAUGUAGAUUUGAGAACGCGGCAUCCACAGUACGUCAUCCGUUAUCGACUGAUCACGCCUGCUCGUGCUCGAUUGCUUCUCAUUUGAAGUUACGCGCCAAAGCCUGUCGCUUUGACAAUAAGCUUAUUUGUUUUGACAAGUUCACUUUGCCUGAUGGAUACGCAGUCGUACAUGCCUGUACCUCCGGGUAUCGGAAUGGAGGAGAACUAUUUUUCUCUGGAUGAUAUUUUGUUGUCUCACGAGAGACUUCCGUGCAAGACAGAGUGCGCGUUUCCGCGGCUCGGGUUCCUCGAGAAGUCCAGCGAUACUCGGGACAUACCGGAGGGCAGUAAGAUGGAGAUGUCCCUGUGGUUGGCCAAAGGUCUAUAUGAGAAGAAGAGAAGAGUACUUUCUGUAGAGAUGCCCAAGGUCUAUCGUGAGGGCUGGAGGACCGUGUUUGGUGCAGAUCCCACAGUGGUGGAUCUUCACAAAAUGGGGCCCUAUUACUACGGCUUGGGUUCCCAGAUGUUGCAUUUCGACAGUCCUGAAAACCCAGAAAUUGCCCAAAUCGUUCUCCAGACUUUUAUUGGCCGUUUCCGCCGGACCAUGGACUCGUCCCAGAAUGCCUACAAUGAAGACACGUCGGCGCUGGUGGAGCGUUUGGACUGCUUGGAGAGGAGCUUGUUUAAGGCAGGACAGAGUGGACUCAAUGGUUUCCAGCAGUGGGAAAAAGGCCGGUCCUCUCACCUAACUGCCUCUAGUUUAGUUAUCAACUACAGAAAGAGAAAAAUCACAGAUCUGCAGGCCUAAGAAAUGGUCUUAGGCAGCAGAUCCAUAUGAAGGACUAGGACUAAGAGUGGUUUGCGGUUGGUAUUUGGAGCUUCUUGUAAGUAUGUGGGAAAUGAACGUUUUAAUUUUUACUGUAAUGUAAAUUGCUUUGUGAACACAAUUUAAAUUUGUUAUCAAUAAAUCAGAUUAUUCUGUUGUUUUCUUUCUA